UAGCCGUUCAUAUUGUCACGUUAGCCGAUCGAAGGCGAAGGUACAUCAACUGUAUAUUUUCUCUCUCUAAACAGUAAAAGUAUCUCCUUGUCCAGACAUACCAAGUUCUCUCUCUCUUAUCGGACAGUGACCUGGAAUAGAUUUGAAUAUCGCUGGCACCAACUUUAACAAAGUGUAAACACACCCCCAAAACCUCUCACAAAGCUGCAAAAGCCCUCUCCACUGCAAUCUUUUCAUUUGAAAAAAAAAACCCAGAGUAGCCCCUCUUCUCAGUUCACACCUUUUCACUUCCAAUUUCACCCUAAAAAAAGAAGAAGUGCAUUUUCUGUUAAUCACCGUUUUCAGGUUUCAAGAUCUUUGUUUGUGCAAGUUUUUUCUCAGAUCCCUUGUGGAUUCAAUGGAAUUGUAAUCAUUUUAGAAUUGAGGAUUGCUAGUUUGCAUCUUUCUAGAGCAUGAUGGAAAUUGACAAUAACAGUUCUCUUUCCGUAAAUGGGUCGAGCUUUGCAAAUGGAAUUCACCAACUUCCAGGAGUAGUUGCUGGCAAAUUAGAUGAUGUUCCAAAUGGAAGUUUCAGUGUUCAAGGAUUGGAAAGAAGUUUUCAGAGUGCUGUGAUGGUGAAUGAUAGUGAAACGGUUGGUUCCACUGCACAAGAGGUCACACACGAAUCAAAUACUACUAUAGAAAACGAUCCCUGUUCAAGUUCUGAGGGACAUGAAGCCAAAGAAUCUCGAGAGUCUAAGAAAUCCAAGCAGCCCAAAGCUCCAGGAAAAGAGAAAAAUACCUCAUCCAUUGGUGUCAAGAAAACCAAAGAUGGCAAAGAUGCAUCAGCUGGUUCUGUUGUUUCUAAUGGUUCUCUAGCCUCUCACCAACGCACUAAACGGACUUCUUCCCUUGUUGUAAAGAGUAAAUCAUUUAACGACAGAAAAACUGUUGAUAACAGCUUAAAACCCGCCGUAGCCCGUGUAAAUGUCAGUCAUGCUAAGCAAUCUGGCCAACCUGAUGCAACAUCACCUUCUUCAAAUGCCGACGGCCUUAAGGAGAAAACAAACCUGACACUUUUGAAGGAAUCUGCCCCAAAUAAAGUUGAUGGAAACGCAGAAUCACUUUUGAGUCCUGCUGCAGAUGCCAAGCCUCGCAAAGUAGGUGCUCUUCCAACCUACAAUAUGAGUUUCAAGUGCGAUGAAAGGGCUGAGAAAAGAAGAGAGUUUUACUCUAAGCUUGAGGAAAAAAUCCAUGCCAAGGAAGUUGAGAAGAGUAAUUUGCAAGCGAAGACUAAGGAAACUCAGGAAGCUGAGAUCAAAAUGUUAAGAAAGAGCUUAAAGUUUAAAGCAACUCCCAUGCCAAGCUUUUAUCAGGAACCUCCUCCUCCCCAGGUGGAGUUGAAGAAGAUACCAACAACAAGAGCUAAAUCCCCCAAGCUUGGCCGGAGAAAGAGCUCCCCCACCAAAGAGGUAAAAGAUUCUUCCAUGCACACAAGUAGGUUGAGCUUGGAUAAAAAUGCAUCUCAAAAUCCUGCUAGAGGAUAUUCUCCAGACAAUGUCAAGAAGCCUAUGCGGAAGUCUCUUCCAAAGCUGCCAUCUCAAAAAAUCAACUUAUUAAGUAAUACAAAAAAGCCUUCCUCCAUCAAAACGAGCAUAUCCCAGGAAACAAGUGAAGCUGCAGCUAACAACAUGAGUGCAGUUGCUUCUCAACCAAACAACGUACUUGAGCAAACAAACGAAAUUGAAACAAAUGUUCAAGAUCAUGAAGCUACAUCUGCUGUCGAAACUAGCCAGAUUAAGACUCUUGUUGAAGCUCAAUGGUGCAGCAAGCACUGAAGCUGUAACAGAUAUUCAUGAAGCACCUUCAGUUCCCCCUUGCCUAAAAUAGUGAAAGGUACAAAUAAGACUUGGUUUGUUUGACAAAGGGAAUGGAAGAUAUUUCACCAAGCAAAUGAUGUUUUGUCCAUAGCAACAAGGUUGGUUGUCUAGUGUUCUUUUUCUUCAAGAUUGCUGGUUUGGUCAUUUUAAGUGCUGACAGCUUCAACGCAAUAUGAGGUUGUCAUUUGCACCUUUUCUCUGGGCUAAUUAUGAUUUAGAUGGCUUCCUGUGUCUCCUGAUGUUAGGUAAUCGAAAGUUUUGAGAAUUGUCUUGAAGCAGCUCAAGUUUUGAAUUAGUAGAAACUUUGGCGCUCACUGGGCUUGUAGUGGCUGUUGAACAUCAUAGUUUUUGUUUGUUAAUCAAUAUGUAUUUAUAAAAAUCCAUAUACUCUUUAUGAGGUUCGCUCCUCCA